AUGAAUGAAAAAAUUGAUGUAAGCAAUCAAGACAUUCAAUACAUAAAAAAAUUGAUGACUAAAAAUCUUGAAGAUGAAAUACAUGCCCCGCAUAUUGAUCCAUCAGAAUUAUCAGAACAAUCUCAUGAACGUCAUGCUUGGCAACAAGACCCAUAUAAUCGAAUACGUUUUGAUGAAUUAUUUUUAAAGUUAAAUGAUUUAUCAGAAAAAUAUCCUAUCCCACCUG